GUUGCCACUUGAAUCAUAAGCAAUCAAGAUUUUCAAUAAUUAUGGAUUCUAUCCAAAUUCCCGUAGCAAUAAUAAUCUCUCUUUUAUCCAUAUUUUUUGUCACAUGGCUCCGGCGAAAACCUCUUCCACCGGGCCCAAUGGGCUGGCCCAUCAUUGGCAAUAUGCUGAUGAUGGACCAACUCACUCAUCGUGGGUUAGCUCGUUUGGCUGAAAAAUACGGUGGCAUUUUACAUCUUAAAAUGGGGUUUAGUCACACGAUUGCUGUGUCAUCUCCGGAAAUGGCCCGAGAAGUACUACAAGUACAGGAUCAUAUAUUUGCCAAUCGCCCGGCCACCAUCGCCAUUACUUACCUUACAUAUGACCGUGUGGAUAUGGCAUUUGCGGAUUAUGGCCCGUUCUGGAGGCAAAUGAGAAAGUUGUGUGUAAUGAAGUUAUUUAGUCGCAGACGGGCUGAAUCUUGGGAUUCAGUCCGUGAUGAGGUGGAUUCCAUGGUAAAAUCCACCGUGGUUAACUCGGGUUUACCAGUUAACCUAGGUGAGCUUGUAUUUGGGCUCACCCAUGAUAUUAUCUAUCGGGCUGCAUUCGGGUCAAUUUCUAAAGAUGGUAAAGAGGAGUUCAUUAGAAUCCUACAAGAAUACACUAAGUUAUUUGGUGCCUUUAACUUGGCCGAUUUUAUUCCAUGGCUCGGGUUUAUUGACCCGGCUGGAUUGAAUACUCGUUUACCUGCUGCCCGGGCAUCGUUAGAUGGUUUCAUUGAUAAAAUCGUAGAUGACCAUAUAAAGAAGGGGAAGAAGACCGACGACGAGAACGUAGAAAACGAUAUGGUUGAUGAGAUGUUAGCUUUCUAUAGCGAAGCAGGAAAAGCCAAUGAAACUGAUGAUUUGCAGAACACCAUUAAGCUGACUCGAGAUAAUAUCAAAGCCAUAAUUAUGGAUGUAAUGUUUGGUGGAACCGAGACCGUGGCGUCGGCUAUAGAAUGGGCGAUGGCGGAACUAAUGCAUACACCGGAAGCCCUGAAGCGUGUGCAACAAGAGAUGGCUAACGUUAUUGGUCUUGACCGUCGAGUCGAGGAGUCUGACUUAGAGAAACUAACCUAUUUCAAGUGUGUCAUAAAAGAGACACUUCGGAUGCACCCUCCUAUCCCGGUUGCCUUACACAAAUCGUCAGAGGCUACAGAGGUAGCCGGUUACCAUAUUCCUAAAGGGUCGCGUCUCAUGAUCAAUGUGUACGCUAUCAAUCGUGACAAAAACGCUUGGAAAGAUCCCGAUACUUUCAACCCAUCACGCUUUUUACAAAAUGGGGCUCCGGAUUUUAAAGGAAGCAACUAUGAAUUUUUGCCCUUUGGUUCGGGUCGUAGGUCAUGUCCAGGUAUGCAACUAGGAUUGUACGCGAUGGAGAUGGCCGUGGCGCACCUCCUUCAUAGUUUUACAUGGGAGUUGCCUGAUGGUAUGAAGCCAAGUGAACUCGAUAUGGAAGACAUUUUUGGCCUCACCGCACCAAAGGCAAAACGACUUGUAGCAGUGCCAACUCCACGAUUAUUGUGCCCGUUGUAUUAACAUCGACAAUAAUGAUGUUGAUUAUGUAAUUUAGUUACUUUUUGUCGCAUUUUGUGAUUUUAUUUUAUACUCCAGAUUUUCCAAUAAUAUAUAGUUUUUGAUCUUAAAAA